UACAAAAAGUAUUUAUUUAUCUCAACAUAAUGUGUAAGCACAUGCACCCACACAAAGUUUGGGAUGUGUCUGCAAACAAAGCAUGUCGAGGUUGUACUGAUUAGUCCCCUGGGAGCUGUGAACCUGAUCCUAGCGAUACGUGGGAGCUCUGUGAUGCUCAGGUACUUCCUGGGGGUAUUGCAUGCAUCGUUAACGAAAUCGAAUGAAAAAAGCACCAAUGCCGUCAAUUUUGUCAGGUGACGAACGGAUGCCCCCCCCCCCCCCCCCCUUGUUAUAUAGCGUGUGUUAGGGGGAGGGGCAGAGAUCAAGGAGCAGCACCCAAGGUUGAUCAGCAGGGUAGGCCCACUGAUGCGUAGCGAGGCGGGACCGGGAAUCGAACACUGACGUUCAACAGUGAAGGUCAUCGACAUGGCGUGUGUGUUGCGUGCCAUCGAUUAUACUUAGUUUUACCUAACCCUUAGGUGAAACCCUUUUAGUUUGUCUUUUUUUAUUCUGGGAAAAAGCUCUGAAUUAACAAACCAAAACAUGUCGGAGGCGGAGGUAGAGCUGGUGGGGAUGGGGCUGCGCACAGACGCGUCUCCCAUUCAGACCACCUUCUACAUCCUCCUGGUGCUGUUCGGCAUCGUGGGGAACACCACGGUGAUCGGAGUCAUCGGCCACAGCGUGCUGAUGAACCCCGGCGUGGGCCGGAACUCGGACAUCAUCAUCAUCAACAUGGCGGUGUCCAACCUGAUGGUGUCUGUGUUGAGGAACGCUCUGCUCGUUAUCUCAGACAUUGGAAUCGCGCUAUACUCGUCCAAAGAAUGUUGUCAGUUUCUCAUGGGGGUGUGGGUGUGGCUGCGGUCUGUCAACGUGUGGUCCACGCUGUUGCUGAGUGCCUUCCACUUCCACACCUUAAGAAGAGUGGCCCCUCCACUGGGGAACCUGCAUGGGCCCCGGGGACUGCCCAAACUCCUCCUCCUCGGUCUGGGCCUCAUCUGGGUCCUCAAUUUCCUCUACUCCAUCCCUGCCCACGUUUUCUCCAUCAACGGCAACCAGAACAGCACUGAGACCUUGAUGCUAGUGAGCAGCACCACGCGGCCGCUGUUAGGCUGCAUCUGGAACUUCCCCCUGAAGAACGGCCUGCUGUACGCCACCAUCUCCAUGGUCAUCCACGAGACGCUGCCCAUCGUGCUGAUGGCCUUCACCAACGCCGGCUCCCUGUACAGCCUGUACGCCCACAGCAAGAUGCGCAGCAUGGUCAAGGACGUGCACGUCAUCAAGAAGGUUCCAGCGGAGCGCCGGGCAGCCAAGGUUAUUCUGGCACUCAUUAUGCUCUUCAUCGCCUCCUGGGGAACCAGCAUAAUUUCUGUCAACUACUUCAACUACAACCGCGGUCAGUCGGCCGAGUUCCUCCUGGUCAUUGCACGCUUUGCCAACAUUUUCUUCAUCGCCAUGUCGCCCAUUAUUCUGUCUAUUGGUCACCGCCGCUUGCGUUCGUUUUUUAGAAGUCUCGUAUGACCUGACGGCAGAGCCCAUGCCUACAGCGCCGUUUCAAGUACAGUCUCAAACAUUCAUUAUGUUUUGAAAAUGUUUGUUUUUAGGAUUUUUUUUUUCAAGGCCGAAGGUAUUUAGGAUUUAGUUUCCAUAAUAUUCCUUUGUCAUCUUUUGUGUUAGUUAUCUGUGCAAGGUAAUUAUACCCCAUAUUUAAAUAAAAACAUGUUGAGAUUAAA